AUGGAUGCCCUUCUGCCUCAUGGAUACCGCUCCGCCACCGAAUACCGUUUCUGUGAAGAGCAGGGCGACGCUAUUGCUCAAGCCGCUGCCUACCAUCGUAAAGACUAUAGUCUCUCUGUCAUUUGGUUUCCCCGCCGUGAACACGUUGGUGUUCGUCAGUCGAUAGCGACACCUUUCCGGCGGACUUGCAAUGCAGGAGUCGGCUACCUAGAUCGGCUACCCCUUGAGCUUUUGCAAGAUGCCUUGCUACGUCUGGACAUGCAUUCUCUGUUCACAUUUCGGCAAACAAAUCUCAGAUCGAGACAAAUAGUAGACUCUCUCAAUCAGUAUCAAAUGGUGGCCACUCACGGACUGAACCUGUUUUGCGCCUUAUUACGAACUCGACUUGCCAAUGACAUUCCCCUAUUCGACUUUUACUACGCAUUAUGUACUAAGGCUUGUACUCUAUGCGGCGAAUUCGGUGGAUUCAUAUCCCUCUUAACUUGGACUCGAUGCUGUUUUAUGUGCCUUCGUAAGGCUCCAGAAACCCAAAUACAACCUCUUGCCAGUGUCCGGAAGCAAUUCCGCUUGACUAAGUCUGAAAUAAACCAAUUGAGAACAUUCAAGACGUUGCCUGGGAUAUAUUCGAUGGAAGAAUCCAUAUACAAAUCCCGGAUUAUGAUCGCUUCUCCUCAUCAGGCCAAAUUAAUUUCCGGGCGGGAACCGCAAUCCCCAGCGCAGGCAUUGCCAGGGAACUUGGGACGAUAUCGAAAACUAGCAUUCAUGGGUUCUUGCGCACUUCCUCAUUAUGAUGGACAAACUGGCAAAGUCGAACAUGGGGUAUCGUGUGCAGGGUGUCAACUCGCUCUUGAAAAAGACAUCAUCGGCUCCAGGGGAGACAAAUGGGCUUUCGAGGCUCGUGAUAAGGUAUAUUCGCAAGAUGGCUUUUUAGAACAUUUUCGGUGGUGCGAACAGGCACAGCUCCUGUGGAGAUCGAGUAGUGAAGGUCGCAAUCGGCCAGCCGAGUUACCGGAGGGUGCCCGGCGAGGAGGCUAUUUUAAUAGUAGAGAAUAG